GAGCCGUACGCACAAGGUCCGUUGACGGUGACGAGGCUUUUCUUUGUGGUGAGCAGUUGGGAAGAUGUUGAAGAAUAAUCAUCAUGACCACAAGCAAAGAGUGGAAGCCAUGAUUAAGAACAUUAAUACAAUUUCUUUGGAGAUGAAGAAGAUGAAAGAACUCUCCCAUAUCCUGCUGUGUGACCUCAAUCUCCAUUUUGGUCAGCCCAAGAAGACUCGGGACCCCAAGGAAGCAGAAACAAGCCACUCAUUUGAAGAGACUGAGAUACCAGAUGUAGCCCUUGCUUCUAUCAGUUUAUCUGACUGA